AUGACGACCUACCGCCCGACGCCCACCGACUCCCUAUGGACCGAAACGUCGACUUCACAAGCUGAAACGGAGGAAAUAUUGGCGAAGCACAUCCCCUCUGCCGAUAACCCUGCCCAGCCACUUCACCGGAACGCCCACCUGCAAUGGCUCGUGCGGAACCUGAUCCAGGGAUUCCCGACGCGGUAUACGAGCCAGGAUGCGAGUCAGCCGUGGCUGAUGUUCUGGACGCUGCAGAGCCUGAGUACAUUGCAGGCCGGACUGGAUGCGGGGAAUAAGCAGAAGGCGAUAAACACGAUUAUGUCGUGGCAACAUCCGGAGGGGGGAUUUGGAGGGGGCCCGGGGCAGGCGCCGCAUCUGCUUGCGACGUACGCGUCCGUGUGCGCCCUGGCGAAUGUGGGGAGGCCAGGGCCUGGUGGGGGUUGGGACCAAAUUGACCGUGAGAAGAUGUACAAGUUCUUCAUGUCGGUCAAGCAACCGGACGGGUCGUUCACGGUGAUGCAUCACGGGGAGGUGGACGUGCGAGGAAUCUAUUGCAUGCUCGUCGUCGCGACCUUGCUCGACCUCCUCACGCCCGAGCUUGUCGAGGGCACCGCCGCCUUCCUUGCCUCCUGUCAGACCUAUGAGGGCGGCUUCUCUUCCGCCUCACAACCGUACUUCUCCUCGUCCUCCCUUCUUCCCUCUCCUCGCCCCCCGCUCGGAGAGGCGCAUGGCGGGUACACGUUCUGCGCGCUCGCGUCGUGGGUGAUGGUGCGUUCCUUCGCCCCGCCGCCAGAAGGGGUUAGCAUCGACGUGCGGAGGCUCCUGAGGUGGUUAGUCAUGAUGCAGGGGAGCGAGCAAGAGCUUGGGGGUUUCAGGGGGAGGACGAACAAGCUCGUGGAUGGGUGCUAUUCGUGGUGGGUCGGCGGAGCGUUUGCGUUGCUGGAGAUGCUCGGCGUACCGGGGCACCAUGCACAGGAGGAUGAUGUAUCAGAAGGUCAAGAGGGAGCACAUGACGAAUGGGACGACGUGGAUGAUGCGUUGUUUAAUCGGAAGGCUUUGCAGGAGUAUAUCCUGUAUGCGGGACAGCACCCGACUGGCGGGUUGCGAGAUAAACCACCCAAGGUAUCGGAUGCGUAUCAUACGCUGUCAUGUCUCUCGGGAUUGGCGUCUGCGCAGCACCACGUUACGCCAUCAUCCACCCGACGAGAGGAGAUCACACUUCUAUGGGAGACCGACACAGAUUCACCUUUCGACGAGCAGCGGAAGAGCGCCUUCGCCGACGCGCUCGCGUGGGUGGAGGAAGAGGGCGCAUCCAAGUUUGUCGGCGGCUCGGGCAAUCGUGUGAACGCAACACACCCCAUAUUUAAUCUGACUAUGACCCAUACCGAUGCGAUGAUGGGCCAUUUCUACCGCCAAACUGUGCCUCCUAGGAUGGUUAGGAGGCGUCCCUGAAUUUCUAGAAUGCCGGGAUACCCUAUGAAAGAUGUAGCACUAAAGAAGCGUGAAAACCGAAUGUAUCGUAGUAGUAUCCAAACCAAAUCCAAACUGUCCG